AGCAGAGGUCAUGUGAGCACACAGUGAGAUGCAGGCUGCCUACAAGCCAAGAGAAGAGCCUCAGAAGGAAACCUACCUUGCUGGCACCUUGACCUUGGACUUUUCAGCCUCCAGAACCAUGAGAAAUAUAUUUCUGUUGUUUAAGCCACGCCAUCUGUGGUAUUUGGUUAUACUAAAAGACCUUCUAGCUUAGGAGGGCUGGUAGCUUCCUGCCGUUGCUUAUUUCUGGGCUGUCUCAUUGUCUCCUGCAGGCUUCUCAGCUUUUCCAUCACCAAUGCUUUGCAUUAAACUCUCUCUGUUUCAAGUACUCAGAGUGGUUUCCUUUUCCCGAAGGCACUCUGAAUGAGUCACUGUAUCAUUCUCAGGGACAUUACAUGGACUAGGAUAUAUCCAGCUCCCGCCCCUGGCAAUACAGUGUGCUGCUUAAGAAAUACACUAUAAAACUAGCUGACCUGAGUCUGAAUCCUCACCCCACCACUCUCCUGUUCAGUCGCCAUAGUGUGACAUUAGUCUCACUAAGUCUCAGUUUUCUUAUCUGCAAAAUGGGGAUAAAAAUACUAAAGUUUAUCCCAUAGAGGAAAUAAUGCCUGAAAGGUACAUAGCAUAGUGCCUGGCACAGAGAGUGUUCAAUAAGUGUCAGCUAAUAUAAUAGGGCAGGGCCUGGUGAGAAGCUGACACUGUCGGCCAUAAUUACCAGAUGUUCUUAUAACUUACAGUAUGUAGUCAGUCUUCUAACAGCACUGUGAGCCUCUUGUGGAGCGUCCUAGAAACUUGUUUAUAAUCCCCUACAGUGUCCAGAACAUAACAUGGGAGCCUCAGAAGGUCAGGUUCAACGGGAGCCAAGAGAGCCAAUUUACCAAGAAAGGCGCAGCGGGAGGUGGCCAUGUUCAUUCUUGGUUCAUCAUGUUACACAAAAUGGAGGCCUAUAUAAAAGACCAUUUAAUGAAGCUUUUGAAGAGACUCCAAUGCUGGUUGCUGUGCUUACUUAUGUGGGGUAUGGUGUACUCACUCUCUUUGGAUAUCUUCGAGAUUUCUUGAGGCACUGGAGAAUUGAAAAGUGUCACCAUGCAACAGAAAGAGAAGAACAACAGGACUUUGUGUCAUUGUAUCAGGAUUUCGAAAACUUCUAUACAAGGAACCUCUACAUGAGGAUUAGAGACAACUGGAAUCGACCAAUCUGUAGCGUGCCUGGAGCCAGGGUGGACAUCAUGGAGAGACAGUCUCAUGAUUACAACUGGUCGUUCAAGUACACAGGGAAUAUAAUUAAAGGUGUUAUAAACAUGGGUUCCUACAACUAUCUUGGAUUUGCACGGAAUACUGGAUCAUGUCAAGAAGCAGCUGCCAAAGUCCUAGAGCAGUAUGGAGUUGGAGUGUGCAGCACCCGGCAGGAAAUUGGAAACCUGGACAAGCAUGAAGAACUAGAGAAGCUCGUGGCAAGUUUCUUGGGAGUAGAAGCUGCUAUGGCAUACGGCAUGGGAUUUGCAACAAAUUCAAUGAACAUUCCGGCUCUCGUUGGCAAAGGUUGCCUGAUUCUGAGUGAUGAGCUGAACCAUGCAUCACUGGUUCUAGGAGCCAGACUCUCAGGAGCAACCAUUCGAAUCUUCAAACACAACAAUAUGCAAAGCCUAGAGAAGCUGUUGAAAGAUGCCAUUGUUUAUGGUCAGCCUCGGACUCGAAGGCCCUGGAAGAAAAUUCUAAUCCUCGUGGAGGGAAUAUAUAGCAUGGAGGGAUCUAUUGUUCGCCUCCCUGAAGUGAUUGCCCUUAAGAAGAAAUACAAGGCGUACUUGUAUCUAGAUGAAGCUCACAGCAUUGGGGCUUUGGGCCCUACGGGUCGAGGUGUGGUGGAUUACUUUGGCCUGGAUCCUGAGGAUGUGGACGUUAUGAUGGGAACAUUCACCAAGAGCUUUGGUGCUGCUGGAGGAUACAUUGGAGGCAAGAAGGAGCUGAUAGACUAUCUGCGAACACAUUCUCAUAGUGCCGUGUACGCCACGUCACUGUCACCACCUGUGGUGGAGCAAAUUGUCACCUCUAUGAAGUGCAUCAUGGGGCAGGAUGGCACCACUCUUGGCAAAGAGUGUAUACAGCAGUUAGCAGAAAACACCAGGUAUUUCAGGAGACGUCUGAAAGAAAUGGGCUUCAUCAUCUAUGGAAAUGAAGAUUCUCCAGUGGUGCCUUUGAUGCUCUACAUGCCAGCCAAAAUUGGCGCCUUCGGACGGGAGAUGCUGAAGCGGAAUAUUGGUGUGGUUGUGGUGGGAUUCCCUGCUACCCCAAUUAUUGAGUCCAGAGCCAGGUUUUGCCUGUCAGCAGCUCAUACCAAAGAAAUACUUGAUACUGCUUUAAAGGAGAUAGAUGAGGUUGGGGACCUAUUGCAGCUGAAGUAUUCUCGUCAUCGGUUGGUACCUCUACUGGACAGGCCUUUUGACGAGACUACGUAUGAAGAAACAGAAGACUGAGCCUUUUUGGUGCUCCCUUAGAGGAACUCUCCCUCACCCAGGACAGUGUGUGCCCUUUCUGAGCCAGUUCCAGGAACAACACUUCUGUGGCCAUCUCAUGUGAAAGACACGCCCUCAACUACUGAUGGUGGCCACCUCGACUCAAAAUGGCAUUUUGUAAAUAGUAGAAAACUGCUUCAUACUCUUCCCUUGCUCCAUUUCACCUUUAAAGAAAGAAGUGUCUCGCUUUGCUUUUUUGUCCAUUAAAAAAAAGUUUUAUCUGAUAAUUGUGAAAUCAUGCUGACCCUAGCCCAACUCGGUCUAACCACACAGGCCAUUACCCUCUCUCAGCCACCUCGCAGACUGGGGCCCAUCAAAAGCUCCUGCUGGCCCUGGCACUGCAACCUUGAGACUCGUGUGUCCCCCUGCCUAGGGAGCAAGUGCCUUCCACUUACUUCCAGUCCAGGUCUCAGAGGUCACCAACCUUGGACUCCUUAGUGAACCAGUCAAGGAAUCACCCAAAGUGUUAAGUUUAGUCUCAAGUUUAGCCAUUUAAGAAAAACAGUAAACUCUCGCAUGGCUGAAAUUCCCCCUCUUUGUUUAACUCCCCCUGGCCGGGUGCCUCCCGAGGCUUGGUCUUGUUCCAUUUUGUUCUGGUCACCAGAUUGAUUUCUUCCUUCACCAUCAAAUAUUUCUUCAUAAUGGUCACCAUCUGAGGGUUUGUCCCAUUUCUGGGUUCUUCCCAAGCUCUAAGCCAGGACUCCCACCCCCUAUUUAAAACAUGUAAAUUAUUUUAAAAGCACCCACAUCCCACCCUGGUCAGACCUCUGUGGUGAAGCUGACUCUCCCACCUCACCGUUCUGUGUACAGAGCUGCUCAGUGCAGGGCCAUGCACUCCUGCUCAGGUGAGCGGGCGGGGCGGGGCGGGCAGUGUGGAACAGUUGAUGACUACCUGCAGAAUGUCCGUGGUAUGGUUCUUAUUGCUUUCUACUUUUCAAAAUUAUGAUGGCCUCUGCCUGGGUCUGGGUCCAGAUUAGGAUUUAAACUGAUAAAGGAAAAUGUUGGUAAAUCCUCUGCUCAGAAAUGAUUUGUCACGUUCCUAUUUAAGGAUUAAAGUUGUUAACUUAC